AUGGCUCUUCUCCAUCGUGUCCUGGCUCUCGUGAGCCUUUGGUUGGGCGUUGUCUCUGCCACCCAAGCCUCCCAUUUCCACAAAAGAUCCUCCUCCGCUGGUCCCCUCCCACCGAGUCAAGAUCCAUGGUACACUGCGCCAGAAGGGUUCGAGAAUGCUGAGCCUGGCGCUGUCCUGCGUCUCCGACCUGCACCCGGCAACUUGACCAAGGUCACUGGCAACAGUUCGGCCGUGUACAACAUUCUUUACCGGACGACUGAUAGCCAGUAUAAGCCCACGUGGGCCGUCACCACCCUGUUUGUGCCAGAGUUGGGACCCAAUAGCACUGCAGCACGCAACUUUGACCAGGCUGCUCUCCUGUCUUACCAGGUGCCAUACGACUCUGCCGACGUUGACGCCAGCCCUAGCUACACUCUGUAUGAUGCCGAUGCCAGCGUUCCUUUUGGUACAGUCUUGGGGCUGGGGCUUUUCAUCUCUGUACCAGACUAUGAAGGCCCAUUGGCUUCAUUCACUGCUGGUGUCAUAUCUGGGCAUGCAACCAUUGACUCGGUCCGUGCUGUGCUCUCCCUCGGCCUGGGUUUGAACACCACCUCGCCUCGCGUCGCUCUCUGGGGAUACUCUGGAGGUGCCCUUGCUAGCGAGUGGGCGUCUGAGUUGGUGGUUCAAUACGCUCCGGACCUGUCAGAGACCAUUGUCGGCGCUGCCUUGGGAGGCCUGACCCCCAACGUGACCAGUGUUCUCGAGUCCAUCACCGGCCAAGACGGCGCUGGAUUGGCCCCAAGCGCUAUCCUCGGCCUGACCAGCCAAUACCCCGAGGUACAGAAAUAUUUGAUCUCCAAGCUCAAGACUGAGGGACCGUACAACAAGACCGGGUUCCUGGCUGCCUUGGAUUUUACUUCACCCGAGGCUGGUGUCGCAUAUGCCGGAGUUGAUAUCGGUGACUUCUUCAAAGACGGUCUCGAUACCUUCCGAGACCCCAAGCUUCAAAGAAUCAUCAAUCGCGAUGGCAUCAUGGGCUAUCACGGCGUGCCUCAAUGGCCCAUCUUCGCCUACAAGGCCAUCAACGAUGAGAUCAGCAAGGUCGCCGACACGGAUGCCCUCAUCGAGAGAUACUGCCAGGUCGGUGCCAACAUCUUGUACCAGCGGAACUCGGUUGGCACGCACUCGGAGGAGUUUGCGUACGGUCUCUCUGCCGUUUUUGAGUGGCUGGGAGCUGUUCUGACGGGUACAUAUGCCGAGGUGUAUGAAACUGAGGGUUGUACCAUCCAGAACAUCACGAGGAAUGAUACCUCCAGCCCGUUGAAGCGACGCGAUGUACCGAAUGGCGUCUUUAAUUUGUGGUAA